UAUGUCACUCCGUAUUCGUAAUUCAGAACGUUCGCGCGCCGACUCGCUCGCUCUGAUAGAAAGAGAUGUCCAUAGCUCCGUCUCUUCUUUCACCUGCAUUUUGCCAAUAAUUUCGUUCCAUUCUUUCUUUCAUUCAGUCAGUCAAUUUCUGACGUUUGAGCGCUGUGCUUGUGCUAAAAGUUGUGGAAUCAAAUAAAUUAUAAAAUAAGAAUAAAAGAUAAAUUUUCUCGCAAUGGCUGAAACAGAAAUAAUAUCUAGUAGUGAAAAUAAUGACCAAUUUUUCGAAGGUGUCGAAAAGCUCAUUGAGAUUUGGUUUACGCCGGCGAAAAAUGCGGAUCUGAGAAAAAUCACACGUAAACAAUGGGAGAAUGUCUUGAAAAUAGUUCGCUGCGAGAUCAUCUCUUUUACGCAGAGCGAGCAAGUUGACGCUUAUGUACUCAGCGAGAGCAGCAUGUUCGUGUCCCGCCGCCGAUGGAUCCUGAAGACUUGCGGCACGACGACGCCGCUAAGAUGCGUGCGCGCCGUGCUGUCUCUGGCGCGCGACGUGGCCGGCCACGCGUGCGUCCACAACGUGUUCUACUCGCGACGCGAGUUCGCCAGACCCGAGGCGCAGUUGCAACCGCACGACAAUUUCUUGAAAGAGGUGGAGUUGCUGGACUCUUUCUUCGGCGACGGGCGCGCCUACAUCAUGGGCCCUGAGAAGGAUUGCUGGUACCUCUACACGCUGCUGCCGCUUGAAGGUACAGUGGACGCCCUAGAGAAGGAACAGCUCGAGUCCACUAUCAGUGAGUCUUCGGAGCCGGACCAGACCAUAGAGAUUCUGAUGUCGGACCUGGAUCCAGAGGUCAUGGACAUCUUCACCAGGGCUGCUUCUGAAGACGCCGCUCAGGCCACCAGGAAAUCGGGCAUAGACAAAAUUAUUCCCGGUAUGGUGAUAGACGAUUUCUUGUUUGACCCGUGCGGCUACUCUAUGAACGGAGUCGCUAAAGACGGCUGCUACAUGACGAUCCACAUAACGCCCGAGCCUACAUGCUCGUACGUGUCGUUCGAGUCCAACGUGCCAGUGUCGAGCUACGACGAAGUGAUCGCUCGCGUACUUAGAGCGUUCCGCCCGAACAAGUUCGUGUUGACCGUGUUCGCCACUCCUGACUCCCCCGCCGCGGAGACGCCCCGCCAACUCACCAAAUUCUCAUCGCUCGGCGAGUUCCAACAGAAGGAGUCGCAGUACUGUCGUUUCUCCGGCUACGAGCUGCACUACGCGCUGUACAACAAGUUCCCGAGCUGAGGCGCGCCCCCCGGCCGGCGCGCGCGGCCGCCGCCCCCCGCCGCGCGCCCCCCGCCCGCCCCGCGCCCCCCGCGCCGCCCCCCGCGCCGCGCGCUCGCCGACGUGCUGGCGGACAGCGUGGCGCGGCGCGCCGUGAGCCUGGCGCGCGGGCUGCUGGCGUGCCCGUGCGCGCGCGCGUGACGCGAGCGGCGCGCGCGCUCGCGGCCGCGGCAACGCGCCAAGCUACGCUCUGACGCGCUGUAAUCACUUAGGGCUUCGGAUCUUUGAUGAGUUGCACUGAACGGUUCGGACUUGAUGGGUUACCGUUGACUUAUCGGGCUUCGAAUGUGUCGAGGAGUGUUCAACUCGUCAUUAACUCGGACGUCUGAUGAGCUCAUUUUGCGAUUUGAUGCACUUAACCCGUUCCCAAUCUUGUAAGAAAUAUAAAAUAAUACGAAAGUAUAGAAUCAUCAUGCGUUAACUAAUCAAUCUUCAAAAUGGGUUUUUAAACUUAGUGUAUCAGAAGUUUAGUGAGUUCAUUUUGUGAUCCAAUGUACUUAAACCCGUUGCGAAUCUGAUUAAAACCCAUAGGGCUUCGGGCGAUUAACGGGUUUAUUGCAGCAUACGUUAUUAAGUUAGGGUUACCAUGAAUACUUGCUUAUUAAAGAAAACAGCAAUUUGAUCGAGAAAGUUUUGUAAUAAUUCUAUGUCGAUUAAUAUUACUAUGACAAAUAAUUCCCUUGACAAAUUUAUAGAAUUAUCACUAAACUUUCUCUUUAGAUCUAUAUUUGACAAAUAAUACUAUUCAUUACAAAAAUUCGUAAACACAUAAUAUGCCUUAAAACUGAUCAUUCUAAGUUCAUAACUCAUCAUCACAUACAUUUAAAAUGGUAACCCUCAACAUUAGAGUUUGACGUCAAACUUAAGGCCUCUGAGCCUUAACUGAAUUGAAAUUAAAACUUCAAUAUCAGAAAAUGAUUUAUUUCGUCGGUAACUUCGAUCGGCGAUACAUCUUAGGCUCUCCGGCACCCAGUAGAUUUUACCGCGAUGUAGCUAAAUUAAUGCUUAUAGCUUCGGCGUCGGUCUACGAGUGCUUAUUCGUUGUUAGAAUACUCGAUUUUGACGCGAUUACUUAACUAGUGGCGCCCCCAAUUGGAAAUUAGGAAAUUAUAUCUUCGAGAUAAUGUUUAAAAAUUUUCAAUAAAUUUAAUCAUGUUUUUAUAAGUUAGAGGAAAUAUGACCGAGGCCUGUAAAGCCAAGAACCAUUAAUAUGUUACUACAACGCCAUUUUUUAUUUCCUUAGGGGGCACUACUAUCUAGUAGGCAUUCGCAUUGACGAGCUUCUUUAUCCUUUGAUUGGCUGUUACGUUGUAGACCGAUGCCUCUUCCCGCUUCGUUAGAGAAUAGACAAUAUUUUUUCUACUUCUAUCUGAAUGUACAAACUAUUACCUAAAUGUAAAUAAGACUUAGAGCAGGGUGCCGUAAUAAUGUGAUUUUAUUCCAUUCCAUUCGACGUGAUCCUUACGUGAUAUUAUAUAGGUAGUGAUAGAUCGAAGGUGUCAGAUUUCAGAUUAUAUUUAACUAUUUGUACGUGAAUUGUUAGUAGGAUUUAGAAAUGUAGUUUAUAUGAUGUCUUAGAUCGUAGACAUCUUAGAGGGGAAGCGGGCAGGCGAGCGGCUUGCGUGUGAAGCGUGCGAGUGUACUGGCAUGCGAGUGGAACAUGCGGGCGCUUGGGGGACAGUCGAAGACCGCGAACGAGGGCGGAUAUGUCAGAGAUUUUAAUCAAAUAAAGAUUUUUGUCUCAGUAA